GACACCUAAGGGUCAUUGUUUACGUCCAUCAUUGCCUGCCACUUGUGCCUGUCUGUUUCUUCACGUCGGCAGUGCUGCAGAGCUGUAAAAGGCGAGCAGAAGACUGGGAAACCAUCACCUCACCGCACGCUCGACUUCUUCCAUCUUCCAGAGGAGAAUACUUGCGGAUUUUCUUUAUGGACAAAUAAUUUCUCUGUAGUCAGUCAUGUACAGCUCCAGCUACUCUCGGGCCAAACUGAGCCCAGAGGUAAGGCACCUGAACAAGUCCAAAGGGAAGAGCUGCGGCUACUACAUGAGGAUCGUCUUCCUCUUUUCUUCUCUCAUCCAGUCACUCAUCAUUGUCAGCUUGGUGCUUUUUGUCAUCUACGGACAGCCGGAGAAGACUGCAGCAGAGAAAAGGGUCAAGGAGCUGGAGCUGGGCUUCAAUAAACUGAGUGACAACAACAUCGAGCUGAGGAAGGAGAAAAGUAAGCUGGAGGCUCAGCUGAAGGCUCGGGCUGAGGAGAGAGCAGCUCUGGAGAAAGAGAUGGCGAAGCAGAAGCUUGAUGCCAACAAGACGGAGCAGGAUUUGAAGAAAAAGUCUGAGGACUGCAACAGGCUACUGAACCUAGCACGGCGUCCCCCCCCUCAGUUACAGCCCCCUCUUAUGGUCACGAGAAGCAGCACGAGCAGCGAGCUGACUAACCUGAAGAGACGCUACGAUCAGCAGGAAGCCAAGCUGGACGUUGUCAAUGCAAACUUCACCCAGACGGUGCAGAAUCUGCGGGACGAGUUAGACAGCGCCGUCAAAGACCGAACGCGCCUCAACGAGGAGGUGGUCAAGCUGCGGCGCGACAACAUCUUUCUCAGGGAGCAGCACGCCUUGUACACCAGCAAGUGCAAAGAGGACUUUGCAAAGUCUCUAGAAGGCAUCACGAUGGUGACCAGCGCAUUCCUGGACCGGAUUAACAACCUGAUUCCUCACCAGCUCACCUUUCACCUCACCUGCGAGAAGCAGCGGGAGCAUAUGGACAAGAUAAAAAACAGCUGCACGAACCUGUCCAGAGACGUGGAGAAUAAGUUCCAGGUUUAUCUCGACAAUGUGGGGAAAAUGGUGUCUCAAAUUCAAGAAAAGUCCAGUGAGCUGGAAGUGAAAAACAAACACUUAAUCUCCGACUUCGAGGAGUGUCAACGCAAUCACUCAGAGUUUGUUGAAAAAACUUCCAAACAGUCGCAGAUCGCGCAAAAAGCUCAUGAUGAUAAGGUGGAGAAAUUACUGCGGGAGAAGGAAGAACUGAGACAACAACUGUCCAAUAUGAAGCCCGGUGCUAAACCUGCAGGCUUUCAGGCAUCCUCGCUGCAGGGCAGGCACACUCCGACUAACUGGACUUCUGUUGGAACGAUCGGCAUCUUCAAAGCUCCAACGGUGAAAUGAAAUAAUCCGUCCUGAUGGUCACAGAGAGAGGAGAGGCAAAUCCAGCCCACACAGCGCUCAGGACUUUGUUUUUUAAAGCACGUGUAUAUACUAGAGUGUGCAGAUACUUUGCCUCCAUAUUAACUGCAUCAUUAUGUGUUUUUGAACUUCUGCUCUGAAAGCAUGUUUGUACCCAGGUAAAUGUAAGAAAUAGGUGUACAUAUUUCCUUUUGUGUGUCACAGGUAGAAAAACUGACUCUGUUUGUUUGCAGUGAAACGAUGAAAUUUCGUCCCACUGACAUUAAAAAUGUAACAAAGACUCAGACACAGCUUCAGGCAGCAGCUGCUCACUAGGCUGCGAUAAACAGACUAGUCUUAAAAUAGCAACUGUUAAGUCUCCCAGUGGCUGGCAGGUCUUCACAUGAGAUGUUAACGUAGCCCGGAUGACAGUACAGACGUCCAUUAAGUCAUAAACACAUGGUCACGUCAGCCGAGUCGCUCGAAGUCGUAAACACUGGAUGUCAAAACGAGGAAUCAUGAAUUCGACUGAAAACACUUGUUUUUAUGAUCAGCUUAAAGAAAAGAAAGAAAAACAACAAAACAGCUGAGUCUUCAUGAACUGUCAUUUUCCAGUUUCGUUGCUGUUUUCAGGCUUUUCUGCUUCCUUUUCUCGUCAUAAGCACAGAUCGCUGAGCACGUCUAGUCUGUGGCAGGAAACAGAAGUCUGCUUUUAUGAUUAUUGUGGAUCCGUUUGGACAUGAUAUCAGGAAAACAACACAAAUGCAGUGAAAAGUCGUGUUAUUUGCAAUGUUUUCAGCUUCUGACUGGAAGACUGUUUCAUUGCUACAAUUGAUGUAAAUACUGUAUAUUUAAUAAAAGAAUACACAACCAUU